AUGUCUCAUCAGUUACCCUUGCAGGUCCGAAAGGACAUUCGCGAUGUCUUCGAGAAAGCCGACAGCACCGUCCAGGGAUCUUUGAAGUACCUGGCCCAAGUCAUAGGCUAUCCUGUAUCGUGCGAACCAGAGUGGCAUAUGCUCUGGACCGAACUGGAGUCUGCCUACCCGGAUAAAGCCAUUUUCGUCCCAAGCAUCGCGAAAGUCAUUGAAGCCUGGUCCGACAGCCUUGUUAAAAGAUUGGAAGACGACAGCUUCGAAGCCUGGACCGAAGUGUUGCUUGAGAAGCUAUCACGAGUGCAGAAGGUGAAGUUGUCAAUCCAGGUCGCCGACGAAGCGAGAGUGAAAACAUCCUGGGUCGGAGAUACAUCCGCCUUCAUCAUAACGCUACCGAAAAAGACUUCAUCCCAAGCGUUGAGCGCUGCACCGUCAGCUUUCGCAGAAGAUCUCGAGACCCUUUUCGAGCCGGCCAAAUAUUCCGAUCCUGUCCAAUCCGCCCAGAGUCACAAUGAUGAUGAUGACUGGGCUGAAUUGGCCUCCAACGGCGACAGCAUGAGUCUGAACAUCAGAACGCGCCCUGCCGAACAGCCUCCGCAGAUCCUGAAGGACCUGCCUUCUCUUCAGACGUUGCCGCGACCGGAAAUCCUUUUCCAGACAACGCUUCCGUUCCUGAUGCAUGUAAUCUCGCACGAUACAAGCAAAAUAACUGUCAAUGGGACACACGAGCCGAGCCUCCGACUUCUGGGCGAGUACUUGCAGCGGUGGAUCAAGACCGAUCUCCAGGACGUUCGAAAGAUUCCAUACUGGCGCAUCACGAUGCACGAAUCGAAACUUGGUCUCGGCUUGUUUCACGACUCAUUGACCAUUGAGCCGUUCGACCAUCAUCAGCGAAACGCGGCAGUGAAUGUGUCGCUGAUCCUGGCCUUCAUCCAGGGCAUUCUGGGCUAUCAUGCCGUCCAUGGACUAUCGAGCUCUGGGUACUGGGAAUUCCAGAGGAGCGUGCCGCUCAAUACGUCUUGA